AUCACGUGAUUACGGCUUCGUCACAAUAGUGUCAUAAAAUUUCUUUGAAAGUAAUGAACAACUUCAUAGGCACAAUGCCUUGUGAUAUAUAAAGCUUGUUUCAGCGUCCUCUAACGAGACCUGAUUAACCGAAUAACAUGUCUAUUGUCAAGUUCAAAAGAUUAAAUCUUACACUUACAGAAAAAAAAGAUCAACUAUAACCUAAUCUUGCAACUACUUAUAAAAAAAUAAUCUAAAUAUUAUUGAGGUUUGAAAUUAUUCAAAAUGCAUGACAAUGAUAAAAAACCGAAAAUGGUAUUUCACUCCAUUAUUUCAUCGAUUCAAAAAAUUGCUCUUUAUGAAACGAAAUCUCACUUCUAUCUUAUGGGUUCAAAUAAUACAUUGACCCGAUUUCGAGUAUUAAAAAUUGAUCGAAUGGAACCACGAGAGUUACUUGUUAUGGAUGAUAAAAUAGAAUAUACUCAAUACGAAAUAAGGGAUCUUGUAAAAAUGAUUGAUAUGGGAAAUAGGAACCGAGUAAAUCAACGAGGUGUUGCUAGUGGAGUUACUAAAAUAGUUUCAUCAUUUGGUAUAAUUGGUUUUAUUCGCUUUUUAGAAGGUUAUUAUAUUAUUCUUGUUACUAAAAGAAGAAAAAUAGCUGUUAUUGGACAUCAUACUAUAUAUAAAAUUGAAGAUACUUCAAUGAUUUACAUUCCAAAUGAUUCUAUAAGACUUUUUCAUCCUGACGAACAGAGAUAUGUUAAAAUGUUCCAAAGUAUAGACUUGAGCAGCAAUUUUUAUUUUAGUUACUCGUAUGAUUUAACGCAUACACUUCAAAAUAAUAUGGCCCCACCCAAGCAUAUAAAAACAGAAAUGCCAGCACGUACUUUGGAUUCUAGUGAAGUUACUGAGGAUUCUGAUGAUUUCUUCAAUAUGUGGACAUCUCAUAAAGAUUGGCAAAAAAAUGGAUACAGUGAAAAAACCAUCGAUUAUGGAAUUCGAAGUAAUCCUCACAGACGUUUUGUUUGGAAUUCACAUUUGUUAGACCCAGUCGAGAAGAACUUGCAUCGCGAUUGGUUAUUAUAUAUAAUACAUGGAUUUAUAGGACAAUCGAACGUAAGCGUCUUUGGAAGAUCAAUGUAUAUAACUAUCAUAGCUAGACGGAGUAACAAAUAUGCAGGUACAAGAUUUCUCAAACGCGGGGCAAAUUUCAAUGGUGAUGUAGCUAAUGAAGUAGAAACAGAACAAAUUGUGCAUGAUUCCGGGGUCAGUUCAUUAAAUAAUGGUCAUUUCAGUUCUUUUGUACAGUUACGUGGCUCCGUACCAGCUCAUUGGAGUCAAGAUGUUAGUAAAAUGGUUCCAAAACCAACCAUUACAAUAGAUUUAUCUGAUCCGUAUGUAGAAACUGCUGGAGAACACUUCAAUGGACUUUUGAAACGAUAUGGUUCGCCUACAAUUAUUUUAAAUCUUGUUAAAAAGAGAGAGAAAAAAAAGCAUGAAAGUACUUUAAGUGAUGGAAUCUAUACGUCUGUAAAGUAUUUAAAUCAGUUUCUACCACCUGAAUAUCAUAUUCAGUACAUAAGUUUUGAUAUGGCCCGAAAAAAUAAAGGAAAACAAGCUAAUGUUAUGGGUCGAUUAGCUAAUAUUGCUAAUACUGCUGUGUUAAAGACUGGAAUUUUCUUAUCGUUACAUCCUUAUUACAACAAAAAUCAAGUUUCCAACAUUAAGAAAUUUCAUAUUUUUACAAAAAAGAAAACAUUACAGACUGGUGUUAUCAGAACUAAUUGUGUUGAUUGCUUAGAUCGAACAAACACAGCGCAGUUUGUUAUUGGUAAAUGUGCACUAGGAUAUCAACUGCAUGCUUUGGGAAUACUUAAUUCAUCUCAACUAGAAUUCGAUACAGAUUGCGUUCGCAUGCUUGAAGAACUAUAUGAGGAUCAUGGCGAUACAUUAGCUUUGCAAUAUGGAGGCUCACAACUUGUGCAUAGAAUAAAAACCUACAGAAAAACAGCACCAUGGACUAGUCAAGGAAAUGACAUCAUGCAAACGUUAAGCAGAUAUUAUAGUAACACUUUUAGUGAUCAAGAAAAACAACAUACAAUAAACCUAUUUUUAGUAACAUAUGCUGAAGCAAUCGUGAAAAAGGGCAAGGCGAAUUUGUUUUUAUACAAGGAGAGAGAACUUCCUGAGAAAGAAAGAAUUAAUAAUGAUGACAUUCAUGCAUCAGGUAAAACGCCACGCAUAAUAUCAAUUCAGGAUGUAUCCGCUCGUCCACGAAAAGCUGCAUUACAACUGACUUCUUCAGCAAAGUGGUUUUUGGUUAAAUUAACUAAUAAAACCACAAAUACUGUCAUUCCGAAAUCAUGGAUUCAUCAACAUGGAAAAUCAUGCGCUUGGCCUUUACAUAUUUUUGAAUCAUUGCUGCAAAAAAGCAUCGAAGAGUGCGAGGAGCCGACAAAUAUGUGGAUUACGCAAGAGGUUUCCGAAAUAUUAGCUUCAGCAGAAUCUUUCCAGGACAUUGUAUUGAAGCAUCAAAUUUCGAUAACAAACGGAGACCUGAAUGCUAGAUUUUCAGGUGAUUGCAAUGAUCCUGAACAGCCAGGCCAAAAAUCGAAUGAAAAAACAAGACCGAGCAAACAAAUUUCACUCGCCGAAUUGAAAAAUUUAGACUUAGAUGAGAAGAUACUUUAUGUAGCUGGAAUGUGUAACGAGCUUAUUCAUGGACAAGCCGAAAUGAGAGCUGCUCAUGCAGCGAAUAGAUCAAUGUCCGGCUCCUCCAAAACGCUAAUGCACUAUUCUGAGGAGGGGAAGCGAUUUCCGAUUAGCAGCUUAAAAGAUUUUGAUAAGUUUAACGAAGAUUUACGAGACAAGGCAUACGCCUUUAAAGUGAGACACUUCAGAGAAAACUUUUAGAGAACUUCUGAGCGUAAGAGGAGGAAAGAGCGAACAUGAAACUAUCCGUGGUAUGCUCACGUAUAUAAUGAAGGUCGAUAUCGCUAUCAAAUUUAACUUUUGUGGACGCCGGAAUAAAAAAGCAUUCCAAAAUCAAAGGAUAUGGGACGUAAUAUCGAGUUAUAUAUAUGUGUAUAUAUAUAUAUAUAUAUAUAUAUAUAUAUGAUACAUCGCUAUGUUAAGGGGAUGUCGUAUCCAAAACGUCGGAAACGUAGGUUUCUACCAUAUCAAAAAUAUAUUUUAUGCUAUAAAAAAAAAAUAAGCACUAAACAAAUAAAUCCUUUGUGGGUGCAAAUUCUCCACAUUGAGAAAACUAAUUAUUACUGUCUACACAGGCAAUCGACCCUGUAUUUAUUGCAAACAAUGGGAAAUACGGUUUGAGGCGGAGCGGAGUCCCAGUGUAGCCCUCAGAUUCAACAUUUGUUGAUAUUAGUAAAACAAAGCACUGCACACUACAAACCUUUGUGGACGCAACUGCCUGAUAUAAUACAAAACGGGCACGCGCAUUGAAAAGUCUUCAUAAAUAAACAGUAAUUGCAAACAACGAGAAAUACGACGCGAGGUGGAUGAGCUGACUGACGCGAUGAAAAUAUAUGGUUACACUACUGACGCUCAGAUGGCGCUACUCGUGAAUUUAACACCGCGAGCUAGAAAAUACUGGCGCGUCGCUUAAAUAUCAUAAGUCAUGAAAUAUUGACUCCAUGUUAUUUACAUACAUCUAAGAACUACAUAGAAAGUUUAUUCAUAAAUUUAAUUUUAUUAUUCUCAAUAUAGUUUUCGUAAUAAUAACCUAUGAUCAAGCGAUGAUGGGCGUGUACUUUUAAUUCAAUUGAGUCAAUUGAUCUGAGGAAAAUCGAUUUAUGAUCCAGAUAUUAGUGGCACAAUCUAAACAGCAAUAAAUGUUUUACGUUAUUUAUAAUAAUCUAUUGGUAUAAGAGCAUCAAAUCCGGUUGGAGCGUUUUCUUGUCCCGGCGGGGUUAUUCUUUAGUAUUUCUCGCUAUAUACUACAAAUCAAUAAUUGAUAAAAAGUUAUAAUACGUUUCAUGUAUGCACUCAUGUUUGAAUAACUAUUUGAUGGAAGUUUAUAUCCGCAAAACAACAAUUUUUGGUCAAAAGUGCGAGAAAGUAGUAUACCGAGAUAAGAGCAACGAAUACACUUGGAGUGUGCUCUUAUCCUGGCAGGGUCAUUGUUCAGUAUUUCUCGCUAUAUACUACCAAUCAAUAGUUUGUAAAAGUUCAUAAUACGUUUCAUGUAUGCACUCUAAUUUGAAUAACAAUUUGAUGGAAUUUUAUAUCCGCAAAACCACUGUUUUAUUGGGUCAAAAAUGCGAGAACGUAGUCUACCGAGAUAAGAACAACGAAUGCGCUUGGAACGUGCUCUUAUCCUGGCAGGGUCUUCGCAGUUGUAUUAGGUAUCCAUGGAAAACAGAUUCUAGAUAUAAUGCGUACAUUUCGAUUUUCGUCAUAUGUCAUAAAUAAUAUGUACGUUACAAGGAAAUUAAAAUGUUUUGAGCCGAAAGGUGAGAAUUUUGUAAACAUUUUACAGGAAAUUUUUUAUAACUAUUUAUUGCACCACUUUAGCGAUAAUUUUAUAACACUGUGGAUUCUGAUUCAAGAGGUGAAAAUUGGUAAAGAAAAACCUUGGUAGACCCUUCGACCUCCAUAGCCCACAGACACUGAUAGAUGGGCAUUUUUAAUCCCUAAUAGUAGCAAGUUAUGAAUGUUAUGAGAACCUAAUAUAAAUGUCUAGACUCGAUUACUGAUCAAAAAUCAAAUUCGAAAUCUAAGCACCAUAAAACAUAAAUGUCAACAUUGUUUAAAUGUGUUUAACUAGAACAAGUUUUGUAUUUGGUUGUUUUUUAGUGGUAUACGUAUUAUAUUAUAUAAUAUUUAGAAAUUACAUAAAAAUAUAUGAAUUAGAAAGAUUU